UAUUUAUUAUUAUAAUGUUUUAUUUGUUCUCUCUGCUAGAUUAUGCAUUGCAUUGAACUGCUGCUGCGAAAUUAACAAAUUUCACGUCACAUGCCGGUGAUAAUAAACCUGAUUCUGAGAGGUAAUAACUGUUCCUGAACCAGCCGGACGGCAGCAGCGAGAAGAGGGCACGUCCUGGGUGGUGGGUGCUGCUUUCCUCUGACGGCGCUCCGUCUGGAUUGCGCUCAAUCCCAGCCAAUCUGGGGAAAGUUAAAAUCACGGCAUAUCCCUAUUACAGCCACGUAUUCGUUCUCGAACCUGUGUCAUAUUCCCACUUCACCGGCCGAACGUGAUGGCGAUGGCUCCCUUCGGUAAACAGGUUGGAUCGAUUUAGCUCACGGUUCGAUGGAGUGAGGGAAAUCUAAAACACAUGUCGGGAACUUGAAAGAAAAGAAAGAAAACCAGUAGGGCCCUGCUGAGUAUCUUCACCGUUUCCCGUUCCAAUUUCGGUGACCCGAUUAUUUUGGUUUAAAUUCUCCGAACUACCGAGCAGUUCUGAAUGAUACCGGCGGCGGUCUGACUCUUCCGUACCACGUGAUGCCGGGGGGGCGGCACCGGUGCUGUAGUACCACGGGAUACGGGAUACACGGCGGCGCUUGCGCUGUAGUACGGGAGAUGGUGCUGCAGUACCGCGAGUUACCGAGGGGUGACGCUGCUGCCGCAGACUCGCGUUAUUCCCGAGGGCGAUGGUGCUCCAGUACCGCGGAAUGCCGGGGGCGGCGCUGUUGCUGCCGCCGCCGUUGCGGCGGUACCACGUGACACAGCGGGGGAACCGGAAGUGGUGCCAGGCGCUGCCGAGGCUCCGGAGCCGCUCCCAUGGCGACCCGUGCGCUACAGGAAUGGGCCCGGCGGCAGGUCGACGGCUACCCCGGCGUGGAGGUGAAGAACAUGACCUCGAGCUUCAGGGACGGCCUCGCCUUCUGUGCCAUCAUCCACCGGCACCGGCCCGACCUCAUAGACUUUGAUUCGCUUUCUAAAGAAAAUGUCUACGAAAACAAUCGCCUGGCAUUUGAAGUGGCGGAGCAGGAGCUGGGAAUUCCUGCGCUUUUGGACGCAGAAGACAUGGUGGCAAUGCGUGUUCCGGAUCGGCUCAGCAUCCUUACCUACGUGUCUCAGCUCUACAAUUACUUCACCAACCAGACUCACGCUGGUGUUCCUCCCACCAUGAAGAGACCAGCUGCGAUAUCACCAUCGGAGCCAUCAGUUAAGAAAGUGGUCACUGUGAACAAGCAAGUCCUCUCACCACAUAGUGACUCCCCAGUGGCAGCUGACGAGAGGCCCCAGCGGAACACACUGAGCAGCACAUGUGCAAUUUGCAACAAGCACGUUCACUUGGUGCAACGAUACUUGGUGGAUGGAAAACUUUACCAUCGCAACUGCUUUAGGUGUAAGGAGUGUUCUAGCACUUUGCUCCCUGGAGCCUACAAGCCAGGUGCCCAUUCAGGCACUUUCGUAUGUACACACCAUCGAGGACGGGUCGCUGGGCAGCCGCAGCGACCUGUGUCCGGUCCGAGCCUGCCGUCGUACCAUGGAUCUCUACCAGCUCAGAUAGUUUCAUCAGCUAGUCCACGGACACCGCAUCAUUCCCAGGUGCCGACAGAAGCAUCCGAUAACUAUGGUCCCAGCCCGAUGAAAAGAGCGGAGCUAAAUGCGGAGGAAAGUGGUGAGAAGUCAUGCAGUCCAGGGAGCGGCCUUUCACCCUCAGUGCCUUCUGAGCACUAUCAUCCCAGUACUGACAAAAUCCCAAAACUUUCCAACAGCACAGACUUAAAGGAAACAUCAAAACCUAGUGUGGAGUCUCAAAUGCCAGAGGCAACGCGGAGGUCAGCGGACCAGUCUGUUUGCAAAGAUCAAACUGAGAAUGGUAUCAGUAAGCAGCCUGAAUCAGGGACACAGCCUGACCUGCUUAUUUCCCCGAAUGAGCAGCAGCUGGCAGUAGUGAUGGAGACGGACAUCGCUGCCGAGAGCACCAACACCUCAGAGCCGCCCGCCAGAUGCAACGACCAAACCCCAGACACAAGCCACACAAAAGUGAGCAAAGAAGCUGCUGAAGAGCAGCUGAAAACUCUUCCUGUUCCCGUUCCAAGGAAAACCGUUGACUCUGCAACGUCACCCGUGGCAACACCACGCCCCGUACCUCGGCCGCGAGUCAGCUUUGGCGGUGGGACGAGUGAAACCUCUGUCCAGAGAUCGGAGACUGGCGAACUUGCAAAUGGAGGUGUGACCGAGCAAACGACUCCAGUGCCGAAACCCCGGGAUCGGCCCCGGUCCCUGACAGAACGGUGCACUCCUGAGGCUAGGAAAGGAGACACCAAGCCUAAAGACCCUCCUUGGCUCUCGUUGGUAAAUUCUGAGCCAAAACGGAGGCCUGCCCCACCCCGGCCUGGAACGCGACCCCAACCCAGUAACACCCAGCGGGAAGCAGUUGAGACUCGCUCCUUAAACCCAUUCGAAGUGGACGAUGAGGAGACAAACGACGCAUCUGAGAAAGUGCCCAGUGUAGCGUCGGCUGAGACUGUCACCAAACCAAGCCACCCAUGGUACGGUAUUCAGCCAGCUAACAGUCCAAGGAGCAAGAAGCGUCCAGCUCCCCCAGCACCAAAUGCAUCGCCGUCAGCCCUUCGCUCAGCCCAGUCUCCAGCCCCCAAAACAAGCCCUUCCCCAUCCCUUAGCAUGGAGAGUAUUACAGGGGACUCUGCAAAGUCUACUCCAGAAUUACACAGAAGAUUUGAAGAUGGUCCUGCUCUGGCUGCCAAGAGCCCAGAGGCGGCCUGCAAGACUCCGAUAGGAGUUAGUGGGGCUCCAGAGGUGGUCAGUGAGACUGGUGGGAGCCCAGAAUUGGCUAGCAGAAGCCCAUCUGAUACCAGCACGAUUCCAGAGACAGCCAGUGAGAACCCAGAGAUGGCCACUGAGAGUCCAGCGUCAACUGGUGGGAGUGCGGAGGUGGCCGGCGGGAGCCCAGCGACCAAGGAGACUACCACAGCAUCCAAUGAAAGUCCAGCACCACUCAGCUAUCACCGACCUCCACCUAAACCACCGUCAGCCCCUAGUCCUGUGCCGUCACUUUAUCCAUCCCCUGAAUCCAACAGAGUAAAUGCUGCCAGCACAGAUCCUCAGUCAAAGUCAUCUUGCAAAGAAAAUCCAUUCGAUAGAAAAUCAUCCCCCGCCGGAGGAGCUGCCCCUCUCAGGCCACGGAAAGGGCCAAAGCCAGCUCGUCCACCAGCACCCGGCCAUGGAUUCCCACUGAUUAAACGCAAGGUACAUGCUAAUCAGUACAUUCCAGAGGAGAGUAUCCAAGGAGAGUUGGAACAACUGGAGCAGCAGCUUGACGAACUGGAACUCCGUGGAGUUGCUCUGGAGGAAAAACUGCGCAACUGUGAAAACGAUGAUGACGAAGAUGAUCUUCUGGUCGACUGGUUCAAAUUGAUCCACGAGAAGCAUUUGUUGGUUCGCCAUGAAUCAGAGCUUGUCUACACCUUUAAACAGCAGAAUCUGGAAGAGCGGCAGGCAGAUGUGGAGUACGAGUUGCGCUGUCUUCUUAAUAAACCAGAGAAAGAUUGGACAGACGAAGAUCGAGCGCGGGAGACAGAACUGAUGCAGGAGCUGAUUACGGUCAUUGAACAAAGGAAUGCCAUCAUCAACAGCUUGGAUGAAGACCGACAGCGAGAGGAAGAAGAGGAUAAAUUGUUGGAAACGAUGAUUAAAAACAAAGAUUUCCACAAAGAUCCAAACAGCGAAAUGAAAAAGAAGGCAAAAUUCAAACCAAGCAAGAUGCUGAAGUUUCUUAGCAACAAACCAGAGGGAAAGUCGAAGAGUGCCAAAGAGAAGAACUUGUGAUGGGGAAAGAAGUGCUGUAAUGCAGGGAGAACUGCAGGAGUGGCUGGCACAGCUGACCGUGCUGGGAGCAGUUCUGCUCCACCAUGUCUGGUGACUGGCUCAUAGGAGUCUCGUACUUGAUAUCAGGCAGCUCCCUCAUGUGCUGACUGAGGUUGCUUAUUAUAUAUCAUUAUAUGUGCAAUAGAAACCUCUACAGUACUCCCUUUAUUUUUGCUUAGUGCGGUGUUAGCUUACUGGUUAGAUGUUCUGUUCCUUUUGCUAAAGUUGUCUCAUUUCCACCAUGUGGUUUUCUGCAAAGUUUCACAGCUGCAGAGUUGAAUGCUCGCGUUCGACUUUCCUGGUGCUCAUUCACCGAGGGCUUGUUUUAAGGUCACGCCCGGCUGUCACUCAGGACUGUAGACCAGAAAUGUGCCUUUCCAGUGUGAAGACUGGCCCGCUUCCUGCUACGUUGUGCUGCUGUUCAGCGUGGUGUGUGAACACUCGGCGACCCACUGGUGAUUCAGAAUUCUGCGCACUGUGGCAGGUUAUUUUGUGCCAUUUAUCUAUCAUCAACUUAAACUUUGCAAAGAUAUUAACGGUAUUGCAAGAUGCUGUAUUGGACCUAUAACUCAAACGAUAGGCUAUAAUAGUUCCUCUGCAGCGUUGAGAACAGGAUCUGCUAGCACUUAAUAGCAUGGUGUGACAGUGCGGUGUGUGGAGUCCAACGUGCAGGCAUGGUGUGAUCUAUUACACUGUCGCGCUUCCUACAAAUACUCUGGGGGCUUUGCUUCGGGUGGAAGUAUGUCCAGAGCACUUCUGAGUAGCUUAAGACUGGCUCCCCAAUCCUACUCUUCGUCUAUCAGUAGAUCACUAUGCAACAAGAACCUUCAUAGAAACAUAGAAAAUAGGUGCAGGAGUAGGCCAUUCGGCCCUUCGAGCCUGCACCGCCAUUUAUUAUGAUCAUGGCUGAUCAUCCAACUCAGAACCCAGCCUUCCCUCCAUACCCCCUGACCCCUGUAGCCACAAGGGCCAUAUCUAACUUCCUUUUAAACAUAGCUAAUGAACUGGCCUCAACAGUUUGCUGUGGCAGAGAAUUCCACAGAUUCACCACUCUCUGUGUGAAGAAGUUUUUCCUAACCUCGGUCCUAAAAGGCUUCCCCUCUAUCCUCAAACUGUGACCCCUCGUUCUAGACCUCCCCAACAUCGGGAACA